UAUUCAACUAAUUUUCAAAAACAGUUUGGUAAAAGAAACGAUAGCAUAAUGUUGAUUGGGAAGAAAGCUCGACAGUAAUUAAGUUUCAAUUACAACAGAGACAGUGAAAAGUAUUGUGAUUCAAAAAAUAAGGAAGAAAAAUAAUUAAUUUAUUGGAAAGAUUGCAAAUGCAAUGAAAAUCCGACAUCAUGUGGACUUACAUGAUGGCAGCUGCACGAGGCGAUCGGGCAUCGUCAAUUAUUUCGCGUCAAAAUGCCAGACACAACGAUGAUUCAAGUCUAUCAAGAUUGCCACAUUCUAAUUAUUCACAUCGUAUGCGAAGACUACCACAUUACCAAACUACAGCAUUCACUAUCGAUCCAUCAGCGCGCAGCACACAAACUUUUGCGGAACGUUAUGGUGUUUCGCCUCCACAUUCUAAUGAAAACCUUUACGGGAAUGACUACACAAUCAACGAUACCUGCAAUGAUAAACGUUCAUCAAGUCGCUUUCAAGCGACCACUAAAAACCAUAAGGUUGACAUGUCAAAGCCAUCGUCCUCGUCAAAUGCUAUUCAACAAACACAUAAUACUAGUGAGGGAGAAGGCUGUUCGAAAGCUUUCAAUAUAACUGUGAUAAAAGCUUCCCAAAAUGCGUCUAGGAACGAUCAUUCGACAUCUCACGAUGUUGAACACCAUUUAACGGUGAGUAGAGACUCAACAAUUUUACCAAAAAGUUAA